CUGUUUAUUUUUAAACAGCACGACUCAGCAGAUUGGGAAAUUCUGAUUUUCAGAUAGUACGACUCAAUAAUGGAUCAGGCAGACCCUUAAUUUUAAGAAAGUGUUUUUCAGUCAUUCUUUACUUGAUAUGUAGGUAUCGUAACUAACCGAACAGAUACGUAAUCUUCAUAUGCCAUCUGCAAGAAGCUUUAUACUGUUAUUGGUUAGGAUCUUUCCCGUUUUGAUUAACCUAUGUAGAGAUAUCGUUGUGACUCAUACGAUGUCAAAGUUGUAAUUGUUCUGGCAUGUAUUGUAAAGUGUCUCAUAUGUAGUAACAUUGGGUAAUGUCAAAAUUUACAACUGAUCGCAAAUUACGAAUAGACACGAAAAAUAAUAGAAAAUGGCGUUGAGAGUUUGGGGAUGUAUUCUGACUUGUAUUGUUAUAAAUUUCGUGGCCGGUGAGAGAAUAAAGGAUAUGAUUUAUAUGCCCCUGGAAGGGGUUUCUGCCUGCUUCCGAAGACACAAUGGCACACAUCAGUUUGGAUGCUCUUCUACUAGAUCAGGCAGUGUAGGCGUUGUACAUUUAAUUGAAGCUGAUAAUGAUCUUAUUUGGAUAGAAAAUAACGCCACUGCUGGCCCAUAUACCGUGGUUAUGCCAUUUUCAAUGUUCACCAGAAAGACUCUUGUGAGAUUACGAAAUAUAAAUAAUAUAAACGGAGUACUGUUAGCGAAGAACAUCAGUCAAGAUCGACCGUCUGAUUAUUCACCUGAAGACGAAUGUCCAAAUCGAUACUCUGGUUAUAAGAAAUGUAACAAUAAAAAACCGUGGAACCCCUUUGGAUCCGCAUUGCUCAUGGAGGACUGGCCAUUUCCCAUGUUUUAUACAGAUAAUCAGACUGUGUUGGAAGCCAUAAAGUCUUGCUUCUGGACGCAUAAUGCUCACAAUCUCGAGACGCAAUAUCAGAGAUCACUGUGUGCAUUGGAGAUGAAGUCGUUCAUGUAUGCUGCCAUUAACUCAGAGUCUUGUAUAAGACGCACCGACUUCAAGCUGAAUUUCAAUCCGACCCUGUUCUGCGACCCGCUCGGUGACAGAAAUAUACAUUGGCCUCUGGUGCCUCUCAAUGAAAAUGACAAUACAGUAAUCGUGAUAACUGCGCGUUUGGACGCAUCGUCGCUGUUUGACGGGAUAUCUCCCGGUGCGGGUAACGUCGUAACCGGGCUUGUGACAUUACUCGCCACUGCGUACUAUUUGAACUCUUUGAACGCUACUGCCCAUAAGACGAAUGUAGUGUUCUCUUUGCUGAACGGAGAGGCAUUCGAUUACAUUGGAUCUAGUCGUAUGGUGUACGACUUGAGACAAAACAAUUUCAAUGCUCUCGGUGGAACAAACUUGAAACUCGAUGACAUCAAGAGCGUGAUUGAGUUCGGACAGUUGGGCAAAGGAGAAAUAUUUCUGCACGUGAACGGUAACGACGACAUGAUAGGUCGCUUGGAGCAGGUGUUAAACGUCACGUCGACGUUAAUCGACAGUGUCCCACCGACGUCUGUGCAAAGUUUCUUGGAGGCAAAACCGAAUCUUACGACCGUUGUUAUAAGCAAUCACGGAAAACAAUUUACGAACCGAUAUUACAACGGUAUCCUAGACGACGCAGAGAGUCUCGAUUUCCAUAGAAAUAAUUCUGGUACGCUUGCAACGGACUUGGCGAGAAUCGCUUUUCAAGUGGCUAACGAGCUUUACCGGGAAGUGACGGGAACAGAGCCGCCGUUGCAACCCGAUGCACAGUCUACCGUGGAAGAUCUCGUGGUGGAGAUGCUGCAUUGCUAUCUGGAGAGCGCUAAGUGCAAUCUGUUCCGUGCCGCUUCGGUUCCCGGUGUCAAGUUGAUCGAUCAGGUUCUGUCGCUGUACGUCGGUGUGCACAGAGCACCGAAUGUCGCUACGAGCUUGACCGGCCAGCUUUUAGCCUUGCUCACUGGCGAAAAGCUUUACGAUAUGAACGAAACAACGUGCCACGAGAAUCGCCUAGCUUGGAUGGGCGGACCCAAUUUCACAGGACUGUGCAUAAAUUCGACCGUCAAUUAUAGCGCAGCUGUGAGUCCAGCGUUCAUCAUUGAAGGAUAUAACAUGAAAUCGGGUAUAUACUCCACGUGGACGGAAUCCAUAUGGCAAACCUUGAGUGUCAGGAUGUUCCUGAAACCGUCCGCGGCGACAGAACGUUUCAGUAUGAUUCUAGGCAGUUUGGUCGCCGGUAUCUCGUUUGUAUUCAUGUGGCUCAUAUCAAACCAACGUGACGUGAUAUUUACUCCCAGAAGAAGGAUUGACUGGUAGGAAUACGCCGCGGACCACAUAUCAAUGACUAGCUUAGAUCACCAUUGUGAAUACCAAGGUGUUCUAGUAACUAGCCUUUAAUCGUAUGUGUGGUACGCCCUCGGAUGGUAAUUCCUCCUAACAUGAUAAUCAAACAAUUUGGAAACCGCGUCAUCGUUCUAAUUAUCCUUAUUUAUCUCGUUUAACGAUGUUUUUCGUGCCUCGUAAAUCCUCGACUGGUAUAAGUCAUUCUUUCAAAGUUAAUAUACGCAAAGAAGAUGCAAAUACAUUAUUUAUUUUUAAUAUAAAUUGUGAAUUCUUUUUUAUCUUUCUGCUCUUCAUAAUUCUCCGAUUUGUAUCGUUUGAAUUAUUUAUGAAAUUUUACACAAAAAGACAUUGAAUGCGACGAGUGUGGGGAAACUCGAUAGAUUAAUGGCUUUGUAUAUAUAUCGCGUUGAUAAGAUUUGUAACAAUUAAGUUAAGACCUCUUACGAGCAAACUGUGCUUUUGAUUAUUGAUACUAGUUACCUAUUUAACGCUAAGAGAAGCAACAUGUAUAUCUGUAAUAUGGAAAAAUACAUGAGAGAAUCAUUCUCUCCAUACGUCGGCA